AUGGCUGAUAAUGUGGUGAAGGAAGCAAUACAGUUGCUGAAUAAAAAUGAAUCAGUUAGUAAUGAUUUAAAAUUUAUUAAGUUUUAUAAUAUGAUAAUAAAUACUAUUAUUAAUAACACAUAUAAGCAUGGAACAUUUAACAAAUGUGGUAAACGUGCUAUGUGUGAUAUAAAGGAUAAUUCGAUUCGUCACAUUUGUUGCAAUGCUGAAUAUAUAAUUCAAAAAUGGGGUUCAAUUUGUAAAGAAUUUCGUAUAAAUAAUUAUACGUGUAAUGAUUUUUUUAUUUAUUGGUUAUAUGGAAAAAUAAAUGAGAGUAAAUGCAACGCAAAUGAAAUUAAUCAGCUUUAUAAUAAUGUAAAAGAUUAUUGGAAAUGCGGAAAAUCUGAUAAAAAUUGCGUCAACAUUGAUAAAAAAUGCGUCAACAUUGAUUAUAAAUGUGUGAACACUGAUAAAAAAUGCGUCAACAUUGAUAAUAAAUGUGUCAAUACUGAUGAAAUAUGCGUUGAAUCUGACAUAAAAUGCUUCAGAAAAUUUUGGCAUAUAAAAGAGAAGAAUGUAUUAAAGAAUAAAAAAGAAUUAUAUGAUUUUUUGCAGUAUUAUAAAACUAUAAAAAUUUUAGUAAAUAAAAAUAGUUCUGUACACAAAGAGAAGUAUUGUAAUUAUAUAAAUUAUAUUUUUCUUUUAUAUGAAAAAAUUCAUAAAGAUUAUAAUGCGUUACAUUCAGGAUACUAUGAUGAAGAAAUAGAACGCUUUAAAAAUAUUUUCAAGGAUGUAGAUAAGGAGUUUGCAUUUUUACAAUCUCAAUGUUCCAAGAACAAGGUAGAAUUAGUAUUAGAUAACGAUAAUAAAAAAGUACGAGCUAUAAGAGAAGAUUUAACUACGAAAAUUACAGAAGAAUCCUUGAAAUUGUUUCAGAACAUAGAAACGGGUAACUUAUGGAAGACUUUACAAAUACAUAAAUUUUAUUCAUGGUUAAAUCAAAAAUAUGAAGAAAUUCAAAAAAUACCAGAGAAUCCUGUAUCCUCAGAAGAAUAUAUUAAUAAAAAUACGACAUUUAACAAAUUAUAUAGUACUAUUAAAAAUAUAUUAACUUCUGGAGAUUAUACUUUUUCAAAACAGAACAAUUCAACUAUUAAUAAGAACUGUGAUUAUAUUAACUAUUGGUUAUAUGGGAAACUGAAGGAUAAUGAAGAUUUUAGAAAUAUCAUUCCAUUUCUUUACGAUGUUAGGAAAUUGUUUGUUAAUGAUAAAUUGUGCAAGAGUAAAGUAUAUAAUUUUCAUAUUGAACAUUUAGAAAAAAAAAUUUUUUUAUAUAAAUUUUUAGAAUUUUACAAGAUUUUAAGAUCUAAAUUUGAUGUUCAAGAGAAUGGUAAAAAGAUUGAAUACUGCAAUUAUAUAAAGGAAAUUUUUAAUUUAUACAAAGAUAUGGAACAGGAUAAAGAAAAUUUACGUGCAUACGCUGAAGAAAUAAAUUAUUUUAAAGAAACAUUUUUAGAAAAUAUUCAUGAAUUAAGCUUCUUAAGUAACAGAUGCCCUGGAAAGUGUCUAAAAGAUAUAUUCAGUGAUAAAUAUAAAAAAAAAUGCAAGUCGGAACAAGAACCAUCAAGUGAGAAGCAGAAUGCCGCAUAUGAACAAUGCUCUGAACAUAACAGUUCUACUAUACACAACAGUGAAGAUGAAAAUGAUCUUAUUCUAAAAGAUACACAAUUGUAUAAAUUAUACAAUGAAUUCAAUAAUGAUAUCAACAAUGAUUAUGAAAAUUAUUGCACAGAAUUAAAUCGUUUUGAAUGUAAAUAUAAGGGGGGUUUUAAACUUUGUUCUAAGCUUGUAAAAAAUUUAAUGCAUCUAUCUAGAAUGCCAAAAAAUGAAGAACGUAAUAAACAUUGCUACGCAUUAAAACAUUGGUUACAUGAAGAAAUAAGGAAAAUAUUUCAUUCCAAUUAUACUGAUGUAAGUACUGAACAAGUAAUGAAAAAAUUUAAAGAAGUAGCUUUUUAUGUUAAUAAUAAUUAUUUAUAUGACAAACCUUGUUAUUGUUUUUUCGAUGGCUCUUUGAAUACAUGGAAGGAGGAGAAGCAAUUGCAUGAUUAUUUUCAAACUUAUGAUCAAAUUAAAAAUAUGAUUGAAACAAAUGAUAAAGAUUGCAAAAAAUAUUUUAAUUAUCUUACUUCAAUUAAUAAAUUAUAUGGAGAUCAUUUACAGAAAUGCUGCUAUUGUUAUUAUGAUGGCGAGUGUAGUGAAGAUUGUCCAAAUUACUUCAAAUGUAGUGAUGAGUUUAAUCCAUAUAAUAUUUUUUUAAAAUUAAAAUGUGGGGAAGAGUAUAUAAAAAAAUUUAAAGAGGUUAAAAAGGCGCCAUCCAUCGAUCAUUAUGUCAUAACAGCAAGUCUAAAAUCAUUACUAUAUAGAAAUAUGAAAACAGCAUAUGAUAUGUUCUACAUGAUCACAUUAUCCAUUUUUGGAAUGCUUGGAAUGUUUCUAAUAUUUUUUAUUUUCUAUAAAUUUACCCCUUUUGGACCAUAUUUACAUAGAAAUGUGAUUAAUAAUAAAAAAAGUAACAAUAAAAAUUAUAAAGGAUAUGAUACAAAAUCGUUACGAAACAAUCUAAGACAUCCGAGUAAAAAAAGAAACGAUAGGAAAAUUCAAUUUUCUUAUCUAACUGCAUAG